UGUUCUUGGACGGUGGACAGUUGCCUGCCUUGUUGUUGCGUCGCUCAAACGCAGGCAUUAUAAAAUAUUAUAAACUAAGUUGCUUUGUCACAGCCGGUCUCUGCCGGCGAAAGUAUCUGAAGUGUGGCGAACGGAGAGUCGGAAGCCCACCAAGUGUGUUCGGGGCAACUCUAGAGUCGGCCUGGCUGGCAGCUGUGCUGUUUGCAUUUGUCGCCGGUGCGCAUCAGUUUAACUUUGAUCAUGACGGACGAAACAACGCCGCUAACCGAUGCCGUUCCCAGUGGCUCCGGAUACGUUGUCCUGCCGCCGUAUCAGGGACCGGAGCGUGUCUUCCCGGGUGUUUCUCCGCGCGCGCGACGCAACAAGAUGCGACAGUUCCAGUGCUGCAUGGGCAUCACCUUUAUAGCGAUUGUAUUUACCGCCCUGUGCCUGGCCCUGGUGUUCAGCGAUUCCCUGGGCGGAGCGGAUGGGGGUCCCAGCUUUUUUUUCGUCGUCAAUGGAUCGGAUAGCGAAUUGGCUCCAAAUAGGCCACUGCCAGACGAACCGGCGGCGGAAUGGGCGCUGCAGCAGGCGGCACUGGGUCAUCAUGAUGGUGCUCAGGCGGUCAGUGCUGGGAUUAAGGCACUGGGAGAUCGGGAAAUACUGGAGGAGGGUCUGCAGCCGAACGAGGUGAAUACGCCGUCCUUCCGACACUAUCGUUCCCUGAGCACGAAUCCAGAGGCAAGGAAGCUGGCACGUCGCGGCUAUGUGGAGAACCAGGCUACUAUAGACAUUGCCAAGAGGUUUAACUACACCAAGCAGCCGGGACGCAGCAACAUUGGUUGGGGACCCAAGAUAGUUCUGCCUGAUCCUACGGUACUUCGUUUGGAAUGCGAUUUCAAUGCCCGCUACAGAAGAUCCACCGGGGUGUGUAACAAUAAACAACAUCCCAGGACCUACGGAGCAUCGAUGGUUCCAUACCGUCGGAUGGUGUCGCCUGACUAUGCGGAUGGUAUUUCUGCUCCGCGAGUUAGUCAUCAUGGACGGCUACCGCCGGCUCGUCAGGUCUCUCUGAAAAUCCAUCGUUCCAGCUACGAGACGGACUCGAAUUUUACGGUGAUGCUGGCCGUUUUUGGUCAGUUCAUGGACCACGACAUCACAGCCACAUCGCUGACAACUUCGCAGGAGGGUGAGUCCAUCGAUUGUUGUGUGGCUGCCACCCGCGAUCAGCAUCCGGAAUGCUAUCCGGUUGAUAUUCUGCCCGAUGAUCCCUACUACAAGCAGUACAACAUCAGUUGCAUGAAUUUCGUGAGAUCUGCUCCAGCGCCAACGGGUAGAUUUGGUCCACGGAUGCAGCUGAACCAGGCCACGGCAUUUAUCGAUGCCUCCGUCGUGUACGGCAAUCUGGAGCAGCGACAGAAUCAGCUGCGCAGCUUUAUCAAUGGAUCUCUGCGGAUGUUUGUCACGGAUGAUGGUCGCCAGCUAUUGCCCAUUUCCUCGAAUCCGGCAGAUGGCUGCAAUCGUGUCCAGAUGACCCGACUGGGUAAAUACUGCUUCGAAUCCGGCGAUGAUCGGGCCAAUGAGAACCUGCUGCUCACAUCCAUGCAUUUGCUGUGGGCUAGACAUCACAACUAUUUGGCUCGGCAACUGCAGGAGCAGAAUCCACAUUGGGAAGACGAGCGGCUCUACCAGGAGGCGCGGAAGAUUCUUGGUGCUCAGAUGGCACACAUCACCUACAAUGAGUUUUUGCCAGUGCUGCUGGGGAAGAAUAUCAGCGAGGCCAAGGGCUUGCUGCCUGCCAAAGACAAUCUAAAUGCUCCGGAUACAUAUGACCCGGAGGUGGAUCCAAGUAUUGCCAAUUGCUUUGCAGCAGCCGCAUUCCGAUUUGCACACACCCUUCUACCGGGUUUGUUCAAUAUCUCGAGGGAUAACAGCAGUCCCGAGGCCAUGGAACUGCACAAGAUGCUCUUCAAUCCAUUCUCGCUCUGGGCGGAGCAUGGCAUUGAUCACGCCCUGAUGACAGCGGCCAAUACGCCGGUAAUGCAAGUGGAUCGCUUCUUUUCACUGGAGGUCACGCAGAAGCUUUUCGAAGGCACCGCAGAGGAUAGGGUGCCUCUUUGUGGACUCGAUUUGGUCUCCUUGAACAUUCAGAGGGGUCGGGAUCAUGGCAUACCCUCGUAUCCAGUCUUCCGUCGCCAUUGUCGACUGCCGCCGGUGGACACGUGGGAGGAGAUGUCUCAGGCCAUUGACAACGCUACUCUGGACUCCAUCCGGCAGAUUUAUGAAUCUCCGCAAGAUGUGGACGUUUAUACGGGAGCACUUAGUGAGCCGCCACUGGAUGGAGCUAUCUUUGGUCCGCUGCUCAGCUGCAUGGUGUCCGACCAGUUCCUACGCCUCAAACUAGGUGACUCCCAUUGGUACGAACGGAAAAUGGGCCCACAGAAGUUCACCAAAGGUGAGUGUCCUUGGAAGUCCUAUUUCCUCAUUAAGAACCAUGUUCAUCCUGAUUCUGAAGCUCAAUUGGCGGAGAUCUACAAGACCAGUCUGGCGGCCAUCAUAUGUCGCAACUCAGAUGGAAUAACCCAAGUGAGGAAGCAUGUUAUGCAGAGACUGCACGAUGAAGGUAAUCCCCAUGUGGAUUGCCAGGAUCUGGAGGGCUUCCAUUUCAAUUUCGAACCCUGGUCCGAGAAGCAGCAGCCCCAAGAACUCCACACUGCCGGCAUAAGCAGGGGAUCCACUUCGGUGCGAGUAAUGUCCAAGGCAAAUCAUCAAGUCCGCAAUGUAACCCUACAUAAAGGAAUCUAGUAAGAAAUAAGAUUAAAUUUCAAUUAAGAAGAAUUUAAUAUUAAAUAUUAUAUAAAACAUAUACUCCUAAACCGGUUCCUUCUAUUUUAAAAUAGAGUUGCUA